AUGGACGAAUUGUUUGCCCCACCCAAGAAAUCCGGCCACGUGCGGAAAAGCAAGUCCCCGUGUGACGGAGUCGAUCCACCUCCUGUAGAAGUCAUCUCAGACGGCACGGAUGUUACCUCAGCCGACCCAGCCCUGACCGAUAUGAGCCUUGACCUCGUGAGCGUGGCUGACGACGAAAUCCUACUGAGCUGCAGCUCUGAUGAAGAGUGCAAAAUUCAAGGCUUGGAGAAACGAACCAAAGCGACGGAAGGCACGGACGAGGCCGUUGAACGUAGCUUGAACACUGCUCAUUGCAACCUCACCGGCGUCCUUGACCGCGACAGUGACCUACCCAUAGAGCCCCGUAGCUCGUCCGAAGACCUGGUAUAUACAGACAAUGCGAUCGAAGCAAGCUUCGAUGAAUCCAUGUCAGACGUUUCCAUGCUGACUGAAAACUACGACGAAGAGAUGUCGAUUGUUCCGUUUACUGCUGCAAGCUCAGCCCCGCAUUUUGACUCAGGGGGACGACAGCAAUUGAUGGUAUUUGCAUCGGACCUAACGUUUGGUCUGGCUCCAGUCGUACACCGCGGCGAGAUCAUGGGGAUCGACAAAAUGACAACAUUGACGAUGCCUCCCAUGCAUGUUGUUCUCGACGACUUUGGUGAAAUGGAGACCGACAACAACUCGAUCGUGGAAGCUACUACAGUUACGGAAGCGACCUUCUUUCUGAUCAAGUCCAAACCUUGCGAGGCUCGUCCUUCGAGCACCAAUCCGUUACCACGGACCAUUCGAACCGAGUGGACGAAACUCUUUCGUCUAACCGUGUCAGCUGCUACCGACGAAUUUGUCCGCCUCGGCAACGCUGUUGAUAUGAAGCGCUUCGCCAGGAAAACCGAUUGCGUCUCGUCCCUCGUCCACGACAAGACCCUUCUGCAAGACCGCCACAAGCGAGACCCCUGCACCCGAAUCCUCGUCACGACCGGCCUCGACUAG